CUAGGCUAGUACUGUAGCUUAUAUUCAUUCCAUAAUGACACAUAAAAGUGUAGGCUACUUCUUUCCACAAGUGAAGGCACUUUUAAUUUAGGAUCACUUUUUCUACUCUUCCCAUAGCAACAGCAAAGAGAUGACGUGGGAAGCUGUUCAAACACUUAAUAUUUUACUAGAGUAAAUCACAUGGUGCAAACGGCUAUCCAGUAGAUGGUUCUUAGUGUGGAUUGAAAUAUCAAGACAUCUAAGAAGUUCACAUACAGCUUACAUAUCAGGAUCACACACACACACACACACACACACACACACGUUUUCUCCCUCUCUCUCUCUCACGAGUUCUCUCUCACGCGCCAUCGUUCAUCACUCGUCACACCCACCCCUCGGAACCGCUGCUCACCGAUCCUUACCGAACCGUAACACCCAAACAGCUCUAGCAUGUCUUCGGAAGGAUUAGGCGAGACAUUGGUGAUUCGGCUCGGGCUGAUAAACGCCGAUAACAAAUAUCUGACAGCGGAGACGUUUGGUUUUAAAAUCAACGCCUCCGCGAGUUCCAUGAAGAAGAAGCAGGUGUGGACCCUGGAGCAGUCCGGAGACCACGUAGACUCCAGUGCCGUGUUCAUCAAAAGUCACCUGGGUCGCUACCUCGCCACCGAUAAGGACGGCAAUGUGACCGCGGACAGCGAGCAGCCCGGCCCGGAUUGUCGGUUCCUCGUGAUCGCCCACGAUGACGGGCGGUGGUCCCUGCAGUCCGAGCCCCACUCGCGCUACCUGGGCGGGUCCGAGGACCGGAUUGCGUGCUUUGCGCAAAGCAUUUCGCCUGCGGAGAAAUGGAACGUGCACCUGGCCGUCCAUCCUCAGGUGAACGUGUACAGCAUCGCGCGUAAACGGUAUGCGCACCUGUGCACCAAGAGGAACGAGCUCGCCGUGGACCGCGACGUGCCGUGGGGUGUGGACUCGCUGCUCACGCUCGUGUACCUGGACCACCGGUAUCAUCUGCAGACCGCCGACAAUCGCUUUCUCACGUACAGCGGUGCCCUGACAGCCAAACCGGACACGGGCACUGGUUUCACGCUGGAAUUCCGCGCGGGGAAGGUGGCUUUCCGGGACGCCACUGGAAAAUACAUCGCGCCCACGGGCCCUACCGGGACUAUGAAGUCUGGCAAGAGCUCGCGCAUCGGGAAAGAUGAGCUGUUUGUCCUCGAGCAAAGUCACGGGCAAGUGGUGCUUACCGCCAGCAACGAGAGAAACAUCUCCAUGCGCCAGGGAGUUGAUUUAUCAGCCAAUCAGGAUGAGGAGUCUGAUCAGGAGGUAUUUCAAAUGGAGAUGGACAGGGAGACAAAGUGCUGUGCCUUCCGAUCUUGUAAUGGGAAGUACUGGAGUCUGACCCCAAGUGGGGCCAUCCAAUGCUCUGCCUCCACUAAAUCACCCAGUUGUUUCUUUGAGCUUGAGUGGAAAGGGUCAAAAGUUGCACUGAAGGCCAGUAAUGGUAAAUACCUGGCAGCCAAGAAGAACGGACAGCUGGCGGCUGCUGUGGACUCUGCAGGUGAGCAAGAGGAGUUUGUGUUGAAACUCAUCAACAGGCCGUUGAUAGUGCUGCGUGGGGAACACGGUUUCAUUGGGUGCCGCAAACAAGGAACCGGAACACUUGAUUCCAGCCGCUCAUCCUAUGAUGUCUUCCAGUUAGAGCACAACAACAACGCUUACAGCCUGAGAGACUCAGUGGGGAAAUAUUGGACUGUAGAGGCAGACGGCUCUGUGAUCAGCAGUAGCAGCACACCUGUAUAUUUCCACUUUGAGUUCUGUGAUUAUAAUAAAGUGGCCAUUAAGACAAAGGAGGGCAAGUAUCUUAAGGGAGACCAUGCUGGGGUGCUCAAGGCCAAUGGUCAGGGCAUUGCUGAGGCAACAUUGUGGGAAUACUGAGAAACAUUCAUGAAUCUACACACAAACAUGUGUGUUCUGUAAACCUAUACAUAAGCAUAACACAUUCUCUACAGCAUAAGCACAAGAUGAUAACAUACAGUCUAUAUCACAUAAUACACUGAAAUAGCUUAAAAUAAUCUAUAAUGGAUCAAGACAAAAACUACUCUGAAGGUAAAAGUAAACAAAUGCAAAAAUUUUCACAAAGCAGUUAUCACAAUGCACAAAUUAACUUAAACAGAAAAACGUAUUAAAUGUAACCAAUAGUUCAGCUAAAAAUAUGAAUUCUGUCAAUUCUGAAACCUGAAAGACUUUCUGUCUUCUGUGGAGCAUAAAAUGAAAUAUUUUGAAGAACAUGGGGGCAAACAACACUUUAGAUUUUUGUUGAAUGGACAAAAAAACACUUGAACAUUUUUAAUCUUAGAAAUGUUUUACAUUUUUCCUUUGUGUUCUAUAGAAAAAAAAAACAGGUUUGGAAUGCCAGAAUAAAUUAUGACAGAAUUUGGGUAAAUUAUCCCUUGAAGAGAAGCACAGAUUGAUGGUACACUUAAUAAUAAUAAUAAUUUUUAGUUUUUAGUUUUAUUGUCACACAAGCUGUUGAUGAUCUUUGCUCAGUGAUUAAGAUAAUGGUAACACUUCACAAUAAGAUUUAAUUUGUUAACUAGUGAACAUGAACAACACUUCUACAGUAUUUAUUAAUCUUAGUUAAUCUUUCAAUAUUUACUAAUACAUUUUUAAAUCAAAAUGUAUUUGUCAACAUUAUUAAUGCACUCUGAACUAACAUGAACAAUGAAGAA